CGUGAGCAGAUCUCUUUCUGCCUCGGCGUGAAGUACUGCAUGACCUCUAAGGUCUGUUCCAAGUCAUUAUGCGCCCUGAGCUUCCGGCGCUCUGACAGGCAGGCGGCAGGGAGCAGGGUGGGUGCCAGAGCAGGGCUCACAGAUCCCGAUGGUGAGGGGCCAGACAGGUAGCACAAACACUUAAAGGACUGGCAGUGAACUCAGAAAUUUCUGGAAAAGUAUUAUAUGAAGCAAACAAAACCUGAUUGUGGGCCAAAUCUCGCCCGGCUGCCACCAGUUGGAAGCCUUUGCAUUAGAGAAGAUAAAAUCAGCUAAGAGUGCCGGGGCACAAUGUGCAUAGGGAGUCUUGGACAGGAGUCAAAGAGAAGAAAUCUGGUGACAUCAGAGAGUUUAAUGACCACUGUUCCUUUGUGACAAUCUGACAGGGAACCAAGAGGGAAGAAGAAUCAGAUUCUUGUGUGGUUUAGACCCCAGGAGGCCACUGCUCGCUGACUCUCCCUACUUAUCAUCAAUGGCUAGAUAUCAGUCUGUCCCCCCCACGUCCCCCAUUGUGGUAUACAUGUGCAUGUGGCAUUUAGGAACUGGGAGCCCAACAGAGAGAAAACACAAGCCGGGCACCAUCUCCACUGCUGUGUGUGUCUAAGUGUUGCUAUAGCGAUGGGGUCCCCAGCAGAGGCUUGGGCGCCCACCUGCGGCAGGUGGCCUUGCUCUGAGAGUGACGUGUCCUGCUUCCUUCCGGCAGGUGCCUUCAUCUGCAAGUUGCUGCCCUUUGUCCAGUGCACCGCCAUUGUGACGGAGAUCCUCACCAUGACCUGCAUUGCUGUGGAAAGGCACCAGGGACUUGUCCACCCUUUUAAAAUGAAGUGGCAGUACACCAACCAGAGGGCUUUCACAAUGCUAGGUGUGGUCUGGCUGGUGGCCAUCAUCGUGGGCUCCCCCAUGUGGCACGUGCAGCAGCUGCAGAUCAAGUACGACUUCCUGUACGAGAAGGAGCACGUGUGCUGCUUGGAGGAGUGGACGAGCCCCGCGCACCAGAAGGCCUACGCCACCUUCAUCCUCGUCACGCUCUUCCUCCUGCCCCUGCUGGUCAUGCUGGUCCUCUACGGCAAAAUCGGCUACGAACUUUGGGUCAAGAAAAGGGUGGGGGACGGCUCCGUGCUUCGGACUAUUCAUGGGAAGGAAAUGUCCAAGAUCGCCAGGAGGAAGAAGCGAGCCGUUGUUAUGAUGGUCACGGUGGUGGCCCUCUUUGCCGUGUGCUGGGCGCCAUUCCACGUGGUUCACAUGAUGAAUGAGUACGGUAAUUUCGAAAAGGAGCACGAUGAAGUCACUGUCAAGAUGGUCUUUGCCAUCGUGCAAAUCAUCGGCUUUUCCAACUCCAUCUGCAAUCCCAUCGUUUAUGCGUUUAUGAACGAGAACUUCAAAAAAAAUUUCUUGUCUGCAGUUUGCUGUUGCCUAGUAAAGGAACCCUGCUCCCCAGCGCAGAGGCCUGGGGACUCAGGGGUCACGAUGACGCGGAGGAAGGCAAAGCCAUGUGGGAGGCAGAACCCUGUAGAGGAGACCAGGGUGGAAGCCUUCAGCGGCGGCCACAUCGAGGUCAAGCUGUGCGAGCAGCUGCAGGGCCCCAGGAGCCUCAGGCGCCCGCUGGCCCUCCUCAGCCCCGAGCUCUUGGAGAGUCCUGCUCUGGGCAGUGGGCAUUAAUGGGGUGGCUCCCGGGGUCAGUGUCCUACAGAUUGCAAUCUCAGGUUAUUUUGAGCCAUGGUCAGAGACUUUAUUUUUAAAAUGAUGGCAAGAAGGAAAAUCAAUUUUUCCAGUUAAACUUACCUUGCACAUGAAGACACCAUUUUGAAAAAGUAUUAGAGCAUCCUGGUGAUCAUUAAGGUGGUCUUUUAACUAUCGUGUACAAUGACCUUUGUUCGUGGCUAGCAGUUUGUCCCUGUGCAGUCAGUGGACUGUGACUUUCUGUGAAUUGCUGCACCUUCUUCCUUGACCGCCAGGUUAACCAGUGGACGCCACGCUGGACUGUUCAGUGCCCUGGUGGAGUUGGUGUGGUCUUUUGCACAUGAAGUCUGUGCCAUCAAGUCAAAGAAGAUGGAGAAUCAGCGAGACCCAACACAGGGGCGAUGCCUGUGUUGCCACUUCUUGUAGCUGUGGAGGGACCACUCUCUGGUGGUGGCUGUCACCUAAACUCUCUGUCUCCCUGUAUUCCCUCCCUACUGCAGUCCCCGGGAGCUCAGUGUGGAGAGGGUGGGAAGGCCCCUGUCCUGAGCUCCUGGGCUCUGCGGCCUGUCCCUGCUCUUGUGUCUCAUGUCCCCUGAGGUCCUGACUGCACAACUUCCCUGUGUCUGUCUUAUAACUGUGUCUCUGCUUCAAAGAAGAGUUGGGGUCCCAUUUGCUGAUGGGCUGUGAAGUAUCGAGACCCCUCUAACAGUCUCCACUAGUGUUUCUGCCCCUUAUUUUCACUAGCAGAAUGCAGGACUUUUCCUACAUACAAGAGAUUUUCUGCGUAGGAAGUAGACGAGGGAGGUCCACACCACGCCCGAGGGAUUUUGCUGUGCCCAACCCAGGCUGACACCCAGAGCUGGGUCAGGUGGGGAAAUGGAGUCCCCAUUCAUGUUCCUUCCCUCAGCCUCCUCGAACCCAAUCACCUUCUCUCCAGAAUUCCGACUCCUGACUGUCGGGGACCCCAGGCCACCAUAGGGCCCCACAUUUCCCCUUUAAUGUCUGUGAUUCCCAGAGUCCAGUGUCCGCCUCAUGGCCAAGGAGGCUUUCUGCCCCAGUUUUGCAGCAUCCACUCUUCCAGCGGGGUAAAGGGAAGGAAGGGAAGUCCAGCAACUCUCAGGACCUUUUAGGAUUUGAGCUUUAGGAUUUGGGAACAAGAGAACCCAGGCCCUUCAAACCCUCGAGUUACGUUCGACUUCAUGUGUCGAAGCAUGUGUGAAAAAGACGAGGACACCGUGUGGUGGUGGGAGCCCUGCCGAGGAACCACGGGGAAGUAAAGCAGAGGAGGUGGAUCAUGUGUGGUUAACUGCCUGUCCUGUCUAGUUGUCCUGUGACAAGACACUGUCAUUAAACACUGAACCAUUAGAAGUGGGUCAGAGUCACGGAUGUGGGCAUAGUCAUAACUCCAGGCCUGGUGCACACGUGCUCCCUAUUGGAUGGUGAAACAUGGCUGGAUCAACAGCGCUGACCUUUUCAUUAUCAGUUUUAAACUUCUUAAGCCUUGCAGAGCUUGGUCUAGAAACAUGCAGGUGUUAGUGACCACAGACGUUCACCUCUGCUCACGUUUGUGUGAGGUAGAGGCACAAGUUGUCCUGGAAGCUGUCCCGCUCGUCCUCGACACACACACUGUCCUUGCUCUGUUAGAAAAGUUCAGGGAGGAGCAACGUUGGGCCUGUGACUGAGAAUUUACUUCUCUUGGCCAAAGGUCUGGGCCCCGUCUGGACCCUGAGUGGGGAGGAUGGUGGGGUGGCUUGGGUUUGGACGGGCCCUGAAGACUGGGCAGUGACCACCCUUCUCCCAUCUCCCAGCCUCCCAGUGCCUCUCAGCCCUGUCUUCUGCCCCUGCAGUGCUUCCCCAUUGGUUCUCCUCGCGGACCUCACUCAUUUCACCUGCCUGGUUUUCCUUUAUCUGGGGCCUGGAGUGAGGGCUGCAAAGGUUUCCUGGGAUCCAGGGUGUAGGACUGAGGUACAGAAAAUCGUCUUCCAUGUAAUCAACAUGGGGUAAGACAUCAAUGAAAGCAGGAAAAAAGGUCUGUUUCACUGCUCAAACCUAUAGUAUGAAUGUUGAGAGCCACAGCCAAAGGGGCCCCAGCAAACUUCCAGCUGCCAGCUGAUGAUUGGCUCACAGUGGCCCCAGCAAACUUCCAGCUGCCAGCUGAUUGGCUCUUCUGUGGUGAUGCUCAUUGGGCUGUUUCCCCGCCCUUUCAGACCACAGAGCUGCUCAUUGGGGGACUCUUUUGGCUCCUCCCAUGCAACCCAGCCAAUUGGCCUCAAGAGCAGGAGGAGUGGGGGUGUUGAGAGGCUUGUGGGAAGCCGGUGGUGGCAGUUGGGCUCUGAGGGAAUUCCUGAAGAGCUCGUGUGGUGCGGGUGUGUGUUCUAAAAAUAAAGUUCAUUUCUGCUUGAUAAGUGGCUCAUGAAUUGUGCCCAGCCAGACUGUGGCACCCUAAGUUGCUGAACUUGUGCUUCUCCUGCCUCAGCAGUGACCAGGCCUGGGCUGGACCUCUGCCCUCUCCCCUCGGUGGCCAGGACCCAGGCUCAGCCUCUGUUCUCACUCCCUGGGAGACCAGGACCUGGCCAUGCUCCCUGGUUCUGGGAUCCUAAGACCCACUCCUGUCCUGAGAUGCCCCAUCACUGGCCUGGACCCAGCCUGCUACCCCCAAGCCUCCCACGGUCAGGCACCACCUCAUGGAGGCCCAGUCCUGGAGGUGGUGUGAGUGUGUAGUGACACACCCCGUCCUCAACACCAGUGUUCUCUGUUCCCCUUCACAUCCACCAAGUACAUCUCCCCUGCCCCACUGUAGAUGGACCCUGCCUCCUCAGAGGUUAUGGAUGCUGGGAUGGGGUGGACAAUCAGGAGAAGAGAGACCAAGAAGAACUAGGAAGCUCCCUAAGGGCCUUCAGGGUCCAGGUAGAAGGACCACUGGCUCUCCUGGGUUUCCUGCUUACAGAGGGUAGAUCUUGGACCUUCUUAGUCUCCCGGAUCAUGCGAUGAGAACAGGAAAAUAACAUCGAUGUGUUCAUAAACCUUGGGAGAAGGAAGCACCAGGUCUGUGCUGGGGUCAUGGUCUGGUUUCAGUGGAGCUUGGUUUUGCACCUGAACCAACCCCCAUUAAGAAGCUGGAUCAUAGAGAGUGGCUCCCGGCCACUGGAAUUCCUUGUCCCAUGAAAUGUCCACAGAGAGCCUGGACCUCUGCUCUUGGAGGACUCUGCCUGGCCUUGAAACCCCUGCCCUCCCCUCACGGGCCAGCCGCCCUGCAGGCCGGCCCAAGCAGGGGGGAUCCUGGCAAGACGCAGCAGGGCCAGAGGGCACCUCCUCCCGGCUCCCCAGGGAUGCAAGCGUCCUGCUCUGGACCCAGGGGCAAGACAGAGCGUCUGUGGUUCCUCACCUGCCCUUCUGCCCACUGCUGCCAGCAUGUUCAGGGAGGCCCUGUCAGACCUGAUGCCAGGGCUUCACACACACUGGUGGAGGGGCGCAGCCGGGGUGCCCUCUGUGACUGGCAUGGGGAGCGAAGCCCACCCAGAACCCCCUCGUGCAACCUCGCAACAGGUCUGUCAGUGCUCAGCAGAGCUCUCCCAACCUUGGUGCUUGUGCUAGAGAGUUUGACUGAAAGCCAUUUUAAAUAAAGGCCAUAUGAAUCUUAAAAGCACCCUUUACUUUAGAGGGUUCUAUGAAGUUAAAUUUUGGGGUGCCUGUGUCAUGUGCUCAUUACCUGCGAAUCCAGAUAUGUCCUGAAGUGACAGUCUCAGUGAUGACAACUGCCACUCCAUUCACUAACUCUCCCUAAGACCGCGACACUGCUUAGAGCCCGGGGGACAGGAGGCUACGGGACCCUGAGGAGGAUGCUGGAGCAGGAAAUCCCACUGGCCGGCCACAGACCACCUUGUGUCCACCAGACUCACUGCUCGUCUCUCCAGUGAGGGGCUGUCCUGAAAUGAAUGAGGACGCAUUGAUUCAAGUGGAUUUUAAAAUGAGUAAAGCUGAUGAUGGACUUGACAUUUUCCUUAACGAAGGAAACACACACACACUACACACAACAUGACACACACAGCACACAUACACAGCACACAUACCACACACAACACACAUAACAUGCACGUUACACACAUACACAAGAUGCACACGCUGUGUACACAAAGCACAUAUAUGACACACAACACCCUCAUGUACACAUGCACACACAUACACAGUGCACACAGGUGUGUACACACGACGCACACCCACAUGCAUGCACAGUACACACAUACAUGCACACAAAACACCCUCAAAUACACAUGCACAAACAUAAACAGUGCACACAGGUGUGUACACACGACGCACACCCACAUGCAUGCACAGUACACACAUACAUGCACACACACAGGCCACACCCACGUAUGCAUGUGCACACACACAUACAUAGACACACACUGCACAGGACCGAGGUGCAUAUGAUCUUUUCAAUCUAAAACAUUGUAGUGUCCAGGUCAUCCUGAAAUCGACACACUUCAACCUUUCUCACCUCUCAGUUAAGUGUACAAAAUGGUGGUGCAUCUGGGGAGAGAGUCAGAGGCCAGAGGCACUGUUAUGUGCUUAAUUCUUCUCUCGUUCCUUCUAGUACGUUCCUACACAUUGAGAAAAUGAGUGACUCUCAGACCAGGAACCGAAUUUGAAACUUGGAUGGUUUCAGAUCAUUUAUUUUCAACACUAUUGAAGGAAGACCUGACUGAACUGUUGGCUGGCAGAUAAUGAGAAGCAGUUUCCUGGUAAAAGACACGCAGGAGAGCCCACACCAGGCGUGUCAACACGCUCUUCUCACCCAACACUCUGUUGGAGUCUCGCAGGGCCCAGGAUUCUCCAGGAAAAAGACUCUCCAGGACCCAGACUCUCCAGGUCUAGACUCUCCAGGACCCAGACUCUCCAGGACCCAGACUCUCCAGGACCCAGACCUUCCAGGGCAAAGACUCUCCAGGACCCAGACUCUCCAGGACCCAGACUCUCCAGGACCCAGACUCUCCAGGCCCCAGACUCUCCAGGACCCAGACUCUCCAGGCCCCAGACUCUCCAGGGCAAAGACUCUCCAGGUCUAGACUCUCCAGGUCUAGACUCUCCAGGCCCAGACUCUCCAGGCCUAGACUCUCCAGGUCUAGACUCUCCAGGCCCAGACUCUCCAGGCCCCAGACCUUCCAGGACCCAGACUCUCCAGGCCCAGACUCUCCAGGCCCCAGACCUUCCAGGACCCAGACUCUCCAGGACCCAGACUCUCCAGGCCCCAGACCUUCCAGGACCCAGACUCUCCAGGCCCAGACUCUCCAGGCCCAGACUCUCCAGGCCCCAGACCUUCCAGGACCCAGACUCUCCAGGACCCAGACUCUCCAGGACCCAGACUCUCCAGGCCCAGACUCUCCAGGCCCAGACUCUCCAGGCCCCAGACCUUCCAGGACCCAGACUCUCCAGGCCCAGACUCUCCAGGCCCCAGACUCUCCAGGUCUAGACUCUCCAGGACCCAGACUCUCCAGGACCCAGACUCUCCAGGACCCAGACCUUCCAGGACCCAGACUCUCCAGGGCAAAGACUCUCCAGGACCCAGACUCUCCAGGACCCAGACUCUCCAUGUCUAGACUCUCCAGGCCCAGACUCUCCAGGCCCAGACUCUCCAGGUCUAGACUCUCCAGGACCCAGACUCUCCAGGUCUAGACUCUCCAGGCCCAGACUCUCCAGGCCCAGACUCUCCAGGUCUAGACUCUCCAGGCCCAGACUCUCCAGGCCCCAGACCUUCCAGGACCCAGACUCUCCAGGCCCAGACUCUCCAGGACCCAGACUCUCCAGGCCCAGACUCUCCAGGCCCCAGACCUUCCAGGACCCAGACUCUCCAGGCCCCAGACUCUCCAGGGCAAAGACUCUCCAGGCCCCAGACUCUCCAGGACCCAGACCUUCCAGGACCCAGACUCUCCAGGGCAAAGACUCUCCAGGCCCCAGACUCUCCAGGACCCAGACCUUCCAGGACCCAGACUCUCCAGGGCAAAGACUCUCCAGGCCCCAGACUGUCUAGGUCCCAGACUCUCCAGGUCUAGACUCUCCAGGACCCAGACCUUCCAGGCCCCAGACUCUCCAGGGCAAAGACUCUCCAGGGCCAGACUCUCCAGGCCCAGACUCUCCAGGCCCCAGACUCUCCAGGACCCAGACCUUCCAGGACCCAGACUCUCCAGGGCAAAGACUCUCCAGGCCCCAGUCUCUCCAGGCCCCAGACCUUCCAGGACCCAGACUCUCCAGGGCAAAGACUCUCCAGGCCCCAGACUGUCUAGGUCCCAGACUCUUCAAGGCCCAGACUCUCCAAGCCCCUCGAACUUCCCCUCUGCGGCUCCGUGACUGUGAGCUGCCGUGAGAAACCAGGCACCGAAGGGGUUUGCAAAAUGGGAAACGUUCCUGUUCUCACUAGUUUUGACAUAUUCUUCAUUUUAAAAUGUGUUAUUUAUGGUUACAUGAAAUAGAUCUAUUACUUUUAAAUAAAAAAGUUAAUCUUAA